AUGCCCGUCCAAAUCACAGGCCGCCUUGCGGUUGGUGAUCACCGGCACGUAAGUCAGAAAAGGGUUAUUCCGGUUCCCCUUGUCUUCGUCGGCGAAACUUUUGACUGCUUGCAUGGCCAGCAUGGUUACCAUGGCACAAUUCGCCAAAAAUUUCUGACAUUAGUGCGCUGAUGACCAGGUGGUGGUUAAAGGAAUAACACUGCUAUCCUGAAUUAUUAAUGGCUUAACCGUGGCUUCGCACUUGCACUUAAUAUCAUGUACACCACUUUCACUCAAACAUUCUUGCGCUCUCUUGAGGGUGUACGGGCUACUGAAAGGGAAUUUAGUAGUCAACACUCGUCUUCACUCAGUUAAAAUCCCUCUUGAGGCACUUGGCAUCUUUCUGCAGUCCGAGAUACAAAAGACCACAAACGAGUCGAGGCGAAAGAUUGUCAGGGGAAAAAGUCCUGAUAUGACACCCAUGCAGAUUUCCACCAAAACACCUCUUCCUCGGAGUCCCCUUAGGCGACGGAGCUGACGCAGCCAAUUAAGUUUACUGGGGAACACACGAUAAGAUAACGGGCACACUGUAAUCAAUACCGACUAUUUGUCCUACCCCAGUGACCGCGUAGGUGACCCUAGUCAAAAACCGUCCGAUUCUAGGUGAGUCGAAGGAAACCUAUGACAGGAUUUUACAACAAGGGCCGGCACACGUCCUUUUCUGCUUUCGCAACUCUUUGUAUUGCCUACUUCUGAAAGUAUAUCACCAAGACAAAUGGUUUAGGCCGAGGCAUAAAACUGAAGAGCUUGAAGGCUGCCAUUCAGGUUGUUCAGAGACAGUAUAAAUCCCAAUAGAAUUUAUUUUUCAGAUGAUGACUACAUCAACAGGCAUACUGACCUUCCUCCGGCAUACAUAGUCCUGCGUCACCACCUAUGCAGGGGUUAGGACAAGAUGGCGGUGAGAAUGACCCCUCUUUUGCUCCAGUGCAUUGGAAACGCAGUUUGCCGUAGGAGCUAAAUAUGAUAUCUGAUGGUCGUCGGCCCCACAGUCCCAGUCCCGGGCGGCCAAAUGACGCAAGUAACUAAAAUUCCCACCGAACACAUCUAAGUACAGUAUCAUUAAUAUCAUAGACGCUAUAAUGGCGACCUGAGAACUGUAUCACCGUAUGUAAACCAUAAUUUCAGGGUAUAAAAUAACCUAUCUAGGACUAAAAGUGCUUUAAACUUAUUUCCAGGAACCGAUUUGCUAUAUGAGCUAUCUCGUGAGCUGUAAGCCUAAAUUGUAAAAUGUGCUUUUGAUCCGCAAAGUUUACCCAAGUAGAGUUGUCAUAUUUAUCAUCGUGCGGCGUAUGCGCAACAUAUAUCAAUCACGCCAGGAUGUCAGCUUUCGAAUAAGCUUCUUUCGGCCGUCUGAAAAAAAAACACUCUGGAAAGUGACUAGAUGUGUAGUAUGAAAUUUUUCCAUUGAUUUUCAGUGUGUUUAUAAAUUCACUUCUGUUUUAUAGAAAAUGUUCACAAAAACAUUUUUUCUUGCACCCGACUUGAGUCUUCUCUACAUUUUUUACUUGAAUACAGGGAGCAUCUUUUGGCUUUAAAAGGUUUCUAUUUAUGAGAUUUUUAGGACAACGCGGUGUCCAUCCACACAGCAUCGGAUACGCACGUUGAUUAAGGCUUCUUAUUAAGUAUACGACCUGGUCCAAUCCAUUGCAAAAUUUCAUGAGUGCUAUCUGACAUCUUCCAAACAGUGUAAUAAAAUGUGUGAUAUUCCUCUGGCGGAAUGUAAACAGCAUGCAGCAUGAAAACCCUGGAUGCAAUUGUGACGGCAGAUGGGACAAAAAUCAUUCGGGAAUUAAAAGAGUCCUUACAAACCAAAAGGAUAAAAUUUGACGAACACGUGGUUUGCUACUAAAUGAGUACAAGAGAGAAUAUUUUUGUGCACAUCUUCCAUUAAAAAAUUGAAUUUAUAGGAGCAUCGAAAAUCAGGGGAAAAAUUCCUCCUAUAUAAGUAGUCAUUUCUUAUAGAGUGUUGUUUUGCAGACGAUCGAAAAAACUGACACGCCAAUGUGACUGAAACAUCUUAUGGCUAAGCUGCACGAUAAUUAAUUAUAACAGCCCUACUCGGGUAAACUUUUCUGAUCGAAGGCACAUUUCAGAAUUGCGGUUAGCAUUUCAUGGGACAUCGCAUCUACUGCGUAGGAGUUAUUCUUCACAUCUACGCGUGUCAGAAUUUUAGAGGAGAAUACCAUUGUUGUAGCGGUGGAUUCAGUAAAUCAUCAGCUGCGAUUAGAUACCAACAGACAGGCCGGCUAGCGCGGCGUGGAUGGGGCCAUCGUCAUCACGUCAGUGCGGCCUAACGCGCGCACUCCGGGGGCGGGGGGAGAAGGUGAUUGCGCCCGACGGCAGUCGAGGUAAUGACAACUGACCACACGGUUUUAGGCUGAGGGUGCAUAAGCCAAAAACCAACUUCCAGAGCCCGGGGCAGGCAAGGUCUGGAUCGAGACGCGCGCAAAGUCCUGCCCAAAAAGCACGCCGAACAAAAAUAGGCACUAGUAGGCGUUCUGCAGUUCUUACACAAUCCUCACAGCGGUGAUUCAUCCCGCAAAGGGACAGGAUCCCUAGUGAGGGCAGUAUUUUCAGACGUACGCAAGUUGCCGACCAAAAAAGAGGGCAGCGCGUCCGGCGAAGAGGAGGUGCCGGGGCGGGUGUAGCCGACCCCAGUGUGUUGACUGUGUGCCUAGUCAACGUCAGCCACGGCUGUGGGUAAACUCGCAACAACAGUACAGGCUACCUGCGGUGGAGUUGAGAAGCAGCAGCAGCAGCAGCAGCAGCAGCAGCAGCAGCAGCAGCAGCAGCAGCAGCAGCAGCAGCAGCAGCAGCAGCAGCAGCAGCGACGGCCCUAA